AUUUUGUUCAUGUAAUUUCUACUUUGAUACCACUGUUUCUAUUUACGUGCAUUUUUUAUUGCUAACAUCUAUUUAGCUUUGAAAUGUGGGCCUUUUUGGCACAGAACAAGAAUGAUAUUAUUUACUUAUCGCUUCUAUUGUUCAGUGUUGUGAUAGGACCGUAUUAUCGGUCCAUUAAGUCAAUAAAUGCUAAAAAGUGGGCUGGAACUAGUUUUGGAUUACUUCUCAUAAUUAUUGUAUCGGGUUAUAAUGCUAUACAUCCUAUUCUGUCAGCUCUUCUCGGAAUUUUAGCUAUUAAACUGGCAACCGUAAAAUAUUGUCAUGUGGUCACAUUCUUCCUCAUGUUUGGCUACCUGUUUUUCUUUAGGCUAUCUGAUAAAUUUGGUUUUCCACCACCACCAGGACAAACCAAUCUCAUUGAGAUGAUAACUGUCCUCCGAGUUGUGGGAGUAGCAUUUGAAAUCAAUGGAUCUUGGUUAGCAGUGGGAAAAGCUAAGAAAAAGAAGGAAGAAAAUAAAACUGAAGGAAAAGAGACAGACAAGGAUGAUGAAUUUCUGGAAAUAAUUAACCCUAGCCUUGAAGACUUAUUUCAUUAUUCAUUCAGCUAUGUUGGGUUGCUUACAGGACCUUACUACAGAUACAGAACUUUUGACGACUAUUUUAACUUGCCCUACAGCAAGUAUGCAGACUGCCUGGGCACCACAAUCUCCACACUGAAAAUGGUGCCUUUGUUCAUAUCUUUAUACUUGGCUUUGUCCAACAUCUGGCCAUUAGAGUAUGUCCUGACUGAAGAGCACAACAACCGACACUUCGUCUACCGUAUGAUGUAUCCAUGGGUGCUGUUCGCCGCGUUCCGCCAACGCAUUUACGCCGGCAUGACACUGGCGGAGAGUGUUUGUACGUCAGCUGGCGUCGGGGCGUAUCCUGUGGAAGGCAGGAAUAGGACUGGACAUGGACCUACUGUUGGAUAUUUGAAGCUCAAACAAAUGAGAGAGGAAGAGGCAAAGAAAGCUCAAUAUGAUUUCAAAACCAUGGAGUCCAUGGAUGUAUGGGGCUGUGAGACCGUGGAGACACUGCGGGACUCCAUGAAGGUCUGGAACAAGGCUGUGCAGUACUGGGUUGCUAUGGUGGUCUAUAAGAGGUUCCCUGUUAAACCGCUCAAGAUUCAUGCAGCGCUGUUUGUGUCUGUGAUCUGGCAUGGAUUCCAUGCUGGGUAUUUCUUCUGCAUUUAUGCUUGUCCCUUCUAUUUGAUGGCCGAAGAUAUUUACUUCAAGCUUUACUACAAGGAAGCCACUGGAAUGAAAAAGAAGAUGAUUGGAUUUGUGAUGUGGUUCUUAAGGUCCCACUCAGAGUCAUAUCAAGCGGCGGCUUUCCUUUUGCUCACCUUUGAUCGAAUCUGGAUAUACUAUUCGUCUAUGUACCACUACUGGUAUGGAGUGUGGCUCGCGUUCCUUUUACUGGGUAUUGUGUUGAAUAAAACACAAAAGCGUAAGCCCAAGAAACUAUAGGAGAAAUUAGAUAAUAAAUCUGAAGAAAAAGGAGAGGAAAAUUGAUAGAGAUUAAUUCUAUUUCAUAGAGAUUUAGAGAAAUUAUUUUUACUACAUUUUUAGGGGUUUUAUAAUGAGAUUGCUCAAGAAAUUGUUUUUUUUUUAGAUAUUUUUUUUUAUUACUUUUAUAUGAAAAUCAAAUGAUGCAAUAUAAUAAGUGAACGAAGGAGAUUUCCAAAUUAAUAAUAACGAUAAAAAAGAUAAUAAAUGUUAUAUAUUUAUAAAUCAUUGUUACGUAAUGGUAGUGUAUUAGUCGUGGUAGUUUGUAUUGGUAGCAGCAACAGUUACAGUUAGUUACAGUUUUUCUUUACACACUCGCAUAAAGAUGAAUCUGUUUCCAUGACAAUGAAGCAGUGUGUAUCUUUUUUGCUGCUGUUUAUUUUACAUUAUAAGGGUUUUUGAAGUAGGUACCUAGGGUACUUGGUGUUAAUUAUUAUUAAUUGAUUACUAUAUAAUUGAGGAUAUUUUAGGUUGGGGAUUUUAUAUUGUCAAUUUUGUAACAUUCUAAAAGAUGGCAACUAUGUCAAACUUUCAGAAUGCCAACGUCAAAACUCAAGUAUUUGACACUAUUCGUAGGAUUGACAGGUAAAACCUAUAAUGGCGCCAUCUGUAAAAUAAUCCGACCAGCAAAGACCAUUUAAAUUUUAUUCUGCUAGAUAGUUGUCAAUGGUGUUACAGAUACAGAAUCCUUGAGGUUUUAUGGCGUUGUUGGUGUUCAGGAGGUUACAUAUAUAUGCUAAACUAAGUAAAUGUUUACAUUCCGAUUGCAUUAAAGCCAUAAGUAGCCACCAACAUAAAUAUAUUUCUAGUCUUAGUUAUAAUGGCAAAUGAAUAAAGGUGUAUAUUUUAUAUGAAA